GAGGCCCACGUGGGCCUCGGCCGAAGUUCUCUGCCAACAGCCGGGGUGCCAAGGCCACACUGCCUGUGAGGGGCUGGCCCAGCUCUAUGGCUUCUUCACAAGAUGUGUUUGUGACCAAGGCAAAGGGUGAAGACAGCUUCCAGAUCCUGGUGCAACCCGAAAAUGACAGCCUCCCGCUGAUGGAGAUCAACACUUCUAAGACCGAGGCCUCUGAGCCGUGGGAUUACGUCCUUGUGGUCAACCGUCACACCAAGAGAGAGCACAGGAAUAUCUACCUUCAGUUCCUGGAGAACCUUAAGGGAAAGGGCUUCCAGUACGAGGUGAAGAACGACCAGAAGAAGAUAUUCUGUGGGAUCCGAGCUGAAAGUCGGAUCUUCGACUUGUAUUGCACACUUCUCUUGGAGCCUGAGGAUCAAGCUCCCACACAGAGGCUGACCCCUAUCCCACCCACCACCAGAAUCCGAAUUGUCAACUUCGUCCUAAAGAACACGACGGCAGCUGGUGACACACUUGGUGAUUUGGUAAAGAAAGGGGUCUUUGAGGCCAAGUUCCCCCUGCACAAGGGGGGGGGAGACCUGAAGACAACAUGGGCCCGGUGGAGAAACAUGUUCCAAAAGCAGCCGAUUGACGACAUCAGGUGCUACUUUGGUGAGAAGGUGGCCCUGUACUUUGCCUGGCUCGGUUGGUACACCUACAUGCUGGUACCUGCCGCCCUGUUCGGCCUCAUCACCUUCCUGAGCGGCUUCUCCCUGUUUAACGCCAGCCAGAUCAGCAAGGAGAUCUGUGAGGCCCACGACAUCUUCAUGUGCCCUCGCGGUGACCACAGCCGCAGGUACCAGCGCCUCUCGGACACCUGCACCUUUGCCAAGCUCACCCACCUCUUCGACAACGAGGGCACCGUGGUGUUUGCAAUCUUCAUGGCUCUAUGGGCCACAGUGUUCCUGGAGAUCUGGAAACGGCAGCGAGCCAAAGUGGUGCUGCACUGGGACCUGUACGGGUGGGAUGAGGACCAGGAGGAAAUGGCGCUCCAGCUCAUUAAUGACCCUCACUACAAGCUCCAGCAGCACGAGCACUCCUACCUGAGAAGCACCAUCAUCCUCAUCCUGUCUUUGUUCAUGAUCUGCUUCAUGAUCGGCAUGGCUCACAUCCUGGUGGUCUACCGCGUCCUGGCUGCCGCCCUCUUCAGCAGCUCGGCCCUGCCCUUCCUGGAGGAGCAGGUGACCACGGCUGUGGUGGUGACCGGGGCCCUGGUGCACUAUGUGACCAUCUCCAUCAUGACCAUGGCCAACAAGCGUGUGGCUCUGAAGCUUUGUGACUUUGAGAAGCCCAGGACCUUAUCGGAGCAAGAGAGCAAGUUCACCAUCAAGUUCUUCACGCUGCAGUUCUUUGCCCACUUCUCCUCCCUCAUCUACAUCGCCUUCAUCCUGGGCAGGAUCAACGGCCACCCCGGGAAGUCUGUGCGCCUGGCGGGCUUGUGGAAGCUGGAGGAGUGCCAUCUCAGUGGCUGCAUGAUGGACCUGUUCCUGCAGAUGGCCAUCAUCAUGGGUCUGAAACAAACGCUCAGCAACUGCAUAGAGUACCUGAAGCCAUGGCUGGCCCACAAGUGCCGCUCAGUACCAGGCCGUGAGUCCUCAGACCCGGAGCUGAGGGACUGGAAGCACAACUAUCACCUGAACCCCGUCCACCCCUUCAGCCUGUUCGAUGAGUUCAUGGAAAUGAUGAUGCAGUACGGCUUCACCACCAUCUUCGUGGCCGCCUUCCCGCUGGCCCCGCUGCUCGCGCUCUUCAGCAACCUCGUGCAGAUCCGCCUGGACGCCAUCAAGAUGGUCCGGCUGCAGAGGCGCCUCGUGCCACGCAAGGCCAAGGACAUCGGGACCUGGCUGCAGGUGCUGAAGACCAUCGGCGUGCUGGCGGUCAUUGCCAACGGGAUGGUCAUCGCCUUCACAUCUGAGUUCAUCCCCCGAGUGGUGUACAAGUACCGAUACGGCCCAUGCCGAGAGGGGGCCCACCCUGAAGUCGACUGCCUCACAGGCUACGUCAACCACAGUCUGUCCGUAUUCUACACCAAGGACUUCAAUGACUCUGUCAGGAUAAAGGGCUCAGAACACAUCACUGAGUGCAGGUACCGGGACUACCGCAAUGCUCAGGACUACAACUUCUCCGAGCAGUUCUGGGUCCUGUUGGCCAUCCGGCUGGCCUUCCUCAUCCUGUUUGAGCCCCUGUCCCACCCCCAGCACGUGGCCUUGUGCAUCAAGCUCGUGGCUGCUUGGUUUGUGCCUGACGUCCCUCAGAAAGUGAAGAACACUGUUCUGAAGGAGAAGUACCAGAGACUCCGGGACAAGUACCAGAGAUUCCAGAAGAUGUGCUCCAGCCCCAAGAGCACAACCGUCUAGGGGACCCAGAGCUGUCACGGGCGCCCAGGAGCCGAGACUCAGAACCACCACCACCACCACCUCCCACCACUGUCCAGGGCUGUACAUGUGUGUGUGUUAUGGGGGGGGGAGUGCUGUAAGAAGGCCCACAUAUAUGUGGGUGUAUGGGUCCUUGUACAUGAGGGAUCCUAGCAAGUCUGUAUACAUGGGCGCCCGUGUAUGCUUGGAGCAUCUGGGUGCAGCACCCUUGUCUGAUGUGUGAAGUCUGCUCCAUCUGUUAGGGCUCAGGCUUGGUAUGACCCAGACUUGAAUUCUGGGUUACCACUGCCACCAUACAGCUGUAGGGGAAGGGGGCUUCUUAUGCCGUCACAACACAGGAAAACCAGCUGUUUCCUGAGCCUCCAACUUCUGGGCCCCAGAUUCUGGUGGGUCAGGAGCCCCUGACCCCACCUCUCUGACUCCCCUCAACCAGCAGAACUUUUUAUAACAAAAUAAAACCUCUUU